AUGAACUUAGAUGGCGUACGAGCCGCGUUCAAAGCAGACAAGCCCGACGUGGUGAUUGUAACGCUGAAUGCGCCUCGAGCGAGCGAUAGUCCGUUUGCUGCCGCCAUCUCUCCCCCUCGUUUAAUGGCCGACUGCAACGCCAACGUAGUGGCUGCAAUGAAAGAGUUUGGGGUCCGCAAGACUGUGAUUCUGCAGGCAUUCGGAGUGGGAGCAUCCUGGGCUAAUCUGCACAUUCUGCUGCGGCUACUUAUGAAGACAUCUAAUAUGUCACAUCAGUACGAUGAUCACAAUGAAACAGAAAGGGAAGUCCUGGCCAGCGGGGUCGGUUAUGUGUUUGUGAGGCCGUCGCGGCUAGUCGAAACGGAAGAAACUGCCAUCAAGAUAUGGCCGGAUGACGGCAAGGGAGUUCCCAUGAUGGCUAGUACGAGUCGAAUUAGCGUGGCGCGAUAUUUGGUCGAUGUAGCCGAGAGUGAUGAAUGGGAUAACACGGCUCCAGUUAUCACCAACUGA